GAGCGGGAGGGCCGCCCUGCGCAGUAGCCGCCUCCCGCCCGCCUCCCUCACCGCGGCCGCAGAGGCGUUCAAAGUUCCUCACUUCCCGAGCUGCGCCGCCUUGAGGAUGGACCCUGCAGACCCUCCUGGAGACCCCGCUGCUGGAGACCCAGACCCCACUGGCAACCCUGCUGGCGGCGAGGGCCGGUGCCCAGGCCACGACCCGCUCCCGGUCCUGCAGGCCCUCCAGACACUGUGGUCCACACGAGAGCUGCGGCAGCUCCGGGAGGAGGCCCGGCGGGGGUUUGCUGCCCUGGAUGACCCGCUGACCGGACUCCUGGACAUGCUGGAAGGCAGCCAGGCCUGGCAGCGGAAGGGCCCCUCCCUGGAGGCCUGGGUAGUCUGUGAGCUGCACCGCUGGCUGCAGGCGCGGCCACUCCCUGAGCCGGCCCAGCACAGCUCAAGGCUGAAGCAGCUCCAGGCCCGUGCGGUCAGGGUCCUGGCCAGGAGCCCCCCGAGUCUCGUGGAGCCACUGGUCAGCAUCUUCCAGCUGCAGGAUGCAGACCGGAGCCCCCUGCUGACUCACAUCCACCAGCUGCACCAGGAGGGCAAGUUCAAAGAAGCCGUCGUGCUGGGCUCCAGGCUGAAGCUGCAGCCAGCCCUUGAUGUUGACAAAAUGAGCACCCCACUGCUCCUCCAGGACAGGGUGAGCCUCGUGGAGCGCUAUGUGGCUGGCUUCCCGGACCUCCAGAGGAGGCUGCUGGCCCUCCUGGACUCCUGGUGCCGGCCUGGCUUUGACAUUGGAGUUGUGGCCAGACAGCACCCACAGGUGACCUCCUUGAGGCUGGAGAGUCUGAGUCCCAGAGUGCUAAGCCGGCGGGUCCUGAGCCUGCGGGAGCGGCUGGGCCUGGACCCGGCUCUGUGUCCCAACGCUCUGUGUCAGCAGCGCCUGGCCACCCUGCGCUACCUGUGCUGUAAGCGGUUCGUGGAGAGAAGCAUGUCUCAGGAGAACUGGGUGGACCAUGUGCAGGGCCUGCUGGGGCAGCACGAGAGGCCGCAAGAGAUGCUGCUCCAGCUGCUGGCCUCCCCCGGCAACGAGGCCACGGCCGCGCAGUGCGCCCUGGGCCUCGCGCUUCCCGAGGAGGGGCUGCCGGCCAGGGUGGUGGCAGAGGUCCGCCGGCUCAAACUCCAGGAGAGGACGGCCGAGGCGCCUUUGGAGGACAGGAAGGGCGCUUUCUACCGGCUGCCCAUCGCCAAGGAGGACAUCCACUUCCUGGCCUCUUGGGAGGCCCUGGCCAGGCAUGAGGAGGCACUCCUGCAGCCAGGCCAGGUGGUCGGUGUGGACGUGGAGUGGAGACCCUCGUUUGGCACGGGGGGCCGGCCCCAGGCAUCAGUCAUGCAGGUGGCGGUGGGGGGCCACGUGUUCCUGCUGGACCUGCCCGUGCUCUCGCGGCCGGCGGGAGGGCAGGCGUCUGAGGCCUUCUCCAGGCUGGUGUCCCGGCUGCUCUCAGACCCCUCCAUCACGAAGCUGGGUUAUGGGCUGGCAGGAGACCUUCGGAGCCUGGGUGCCUCCUGCCCCGCCCUGGCUCACGUGGAGAAGCAACUUCGGGGUGGCCUGGACCUGCUGCAGGUGCACAGGCAGAUGCGGGUGGUGAACUCGCCAGCUAGAGGCUCGUCUGAGGCCAGGGGGCUGCGGGGCCUCAGCCUCCUGGUGCAGCAGGUCCUGGGCAAGCCCCUAGACAAGACGCAGCAGCUCUCCAACUGGGACCGGCGGCCGCUGAGCGAGGGGCAGCUGGUUUACGCAGCCGCUGACGCCUACUGCCUGCUGGAGGUGCACCAGGUGCUGAGCAGAGAGCCCGCCCGCUUCUGCCUGUCUGAGGACCUGGCCCGGAGCCUGCGGCCAGGGCGCGGCGAGAGGUCGGGGGCCCAGGGGCUGCCCCGCCUGCCGGAGGCCUCAGCCCUGCCUUCGCAGUCCAGGGCGGGGCGGUGGAGGCUGUGGGCUGCCGAGCCUGUGUUGCAGGUGCCUGUGGCCGAGCGCGAGGACAGCGGCCCGGGGACCCCAGCCAGGGCCUUCCGCGUGGUGUGUGACAGCAUGCUCCAGGGGCUGGCCCGGAGCCUCCGCUGUUUGGGCGUGGAUGUGCGGGUGCUGGGCUCGGGCGAGGACCACCGAAGGGCAGCCGAGGUUGCCAGGCAGGAGGGAAGGAUCAUCUUGACGUCAGGGCUGCCGUACCACAAGCUCCGGGCCCAGGUCGGGGCUGGGCGCUGCCUCUGGGUGGACUGCUCCCUCAAGGCCCAUCAGCAGGCGAAGGCUGUGCUCAGGCAUUUCAACGUGCGAGUCACCCACGCAGACAUCUUCAGCCGCUGCCAGGCCUGUAACUGUGACCAGUACCUGAAGGUCUCCAAGGACAUGAUGAAGCAGCUGGUGUGGCCUGGCAGCCACCCGGAAGGCCCCGGCAGAGGCGGUGAGGCCACCCAGAAUGAGGACAUACAGGAGGCAGGCUUGACCCCAGAGGCGGCCUCUGGGGUCUGUACCUACAACCCGCCUUGCCGCUGGCUGGAGGCGGCAGACCUGCGGCCCGGAGCACCUGCCACCCUGGCCAGUGGCACCAGGCUGCAGCUGGCAGGGGUCCCGGAGGGCGUGCUGCGGCGGCCCGGGCUGCGACACUUCUACUGCUGCUCCGGCUGCGGCAAGGUCUUCUGGGAGGGCUCACACCUGGGCCGCGUCGCCUUGCGCUUCAGCCAGGUCCUGAGCGACGCCUCCGGCUCCGGGGAGCAGAGCUGAGCCCCCAGGCCCCCUGGGGUCACCCUCCCCCCAGCAAUAAACGUCCUGACCUGCA